CUAAUAUAUUAUGUAAUCUGGAAACAAUAUUUUUGUUUUCACUCAGCAAGACUUCUAAACAUGUUUUGUUGUGAGUUUGAACCCUCCUCUGGGUCAAGGGCAUGAUGCGAGAGUCUACUUGGCCAUGCAUAAGAAAACAGGGGAAAUGUUUGCUCUAAAAGUGCUAACUAAUUUAUCACAGGAUCACAUAAUAAAUCUCCAGCGAACGAAAUACAAAUUCUUAAACGCAUAGACCAUACAGGAAUAGUUUUGUUGAAAGGAUACGCUUAAGAUUACACUUGUGUUCUAUUAGAGUAUAUGCCUAAUGACACAUUUUUGAAAAUCUUGAGAAAGGGUCCCUUCCAGUUGUCAUUUGCAAAGACUUUGGCAGCCUAUCUUAUAAAAGUGCUUGUUACACUUCAUGCUGCAUCGAUAGCCCAUUGUGACAUAAAGCCUGAGAAUAUAUUAAUAGCUGCAGAUUACAAUUUGAAACUUUGUGAUUUUGGCUUUGCUCGCAUCUGUAAUGAGCCGUAAAGACCUCCUGGAGGCACUCCUGGUUACACAGCACCUGAGUUGUAUGUUAGUCCGUAAGUAAACCUAUUUAAAUGUGACAUCUUCGCUUUGGGUGUAGUGUUAUUUAUCGUAGUCAUGGGAUUCCCUCCAUUUCAAACAAACGACCCCAAUGUAAAGGAUGGCUGGUGGGGUUUAAUCCAGAGUAAGCAAUUCGAGCUUUUCUGGAGCAAAUGCGAAUCAUUUAGACAAUAGCAAUUUCCUUAAGAGUUCAAGAACCUAAUAAUGGCUAUGUUAGAAUGCGAUCCCGAGAAGAGAAUAUCGUUGCAGUAAGUAUUGGAACAUGAGUUUUUAAUGAAUGGAGCUCCAGAAGAGGAAGUGUUAUAGGAAAUUGAGAAGCGAGUGAAGGAAUGA